ACCCCACCACUUCUGAGACCGGUACCCAACCCUGCUCUCUCUGAACGCCAGGGCUGCGAGGCUUUGGUUUUGCCCUUUGCAGGAGUGUCCUGGGUGGCAGGGCGGGGUGCACACGGGAGCUCCCCAACAUCAGCAAGGGGUGCAAAGCAUGGAACACACGGUCACCCUGGGACGUAAAACCCACCUCGACAGCACUUCAAACCACCUGUGUUGACACCCAGGAUUAACACUCAUCCUCUGAGAAACAAACGCUACUUAAGAGUACAGCUGAGUUUUCACAGGUGGCUCUGGAGGCAGCCAGAGCAGAGCUGCCUGCUUCCACAGAAACACCCGAUCACAGAUGCACCAACGUGGUUGAGUGGGCAGAACUGCCACAAAGCAUCUAACUGAGGGGCACAGUCACACGGUCACUGCUUCCAGCCUGUGAGCUCACGGUGGUGACGACCGCUGGGGCAGGGCCGGGGAAGUGGAGGCAGGGGCUCAGCCCCUUAGCCCCAGGGGGCAGGGCAGGGGGAACUCUUGAGGAAAGGGGCAGAUCUCAGGCAGAUCACAGCCCCCAGACUCAGGGAGCAACAGGCACUCUCAGCACUGACAACAGCACUCCACACACCACACUCCUCUGGGCCCCAGGCACCUCCUUCAGGUCAGGUUCCAGAAAACAGAGAACACAUGGGGAAGCUGGCAGCAGGGCUCUCCCAGGACAGAGCUGCACCACCGAGGGAACAGGGGGUAGGGCUGCAAGUGUGCUGCAUGCCAAGGCUCUGCAGGGACGUGAGCAAGGUCAGACCAACUUUUCACGAACCCACUAACCCGCCGUUUGUCCGCAGUGCAGCUCCGGCCACCCGACGCAUGAGACCCUCCCGGGCAGACCCUUGGCAAGUGGUGGAGCCGGCGCCAGAUACAGUGCUUAGAAAGGAAGGGAGACUCGGGCUUUGAAAACCACACGUCCGAGUCAAACAGGAGUCAGCGCUGACCACGCCACGCAGAAGACCAGAGGCGAAACACAAGGAGGUGAGAUGAGUCUCCUCAAGGAGCGAAAGCCAAAAAAGCCUCACUACAUCCCCAGGCCUCCAGGAAAGCCCUUCAAGUACAAAUGCUUCCAGUGUCCCUUCACUUGCAACGAGAAGUCACAUCUGUUUAACCACAUGAAGUAUGGCCUCUGCAAAAACUCCAUCACGUUGGUGUCAGAGCAAGACCGAGUGCCCAAGUGCCCCAAAUCUAACUCAACAGACCCCAAGCAAGCCGCCCCACCAGGGCCCCCGGCUCAGCCGGCCUCCUCCAAGCCUGUCACAAAUGGACUCUCCAACUUCGACACAAAGCCCCAGCACAGCUUUGCCAAGGAAGACACCAAGGAAAACCUAGAGCUGCAGGCUCGGGGGCCGCACAGGGGCCCGGGACAGAAGCCAGCACUCCGCAAGGACACGGCACCCCCAAGCCCAGCUCCAGAAGCCGGCCUGAGCACCCAGCCUGCCCUGGACGGCGUGGUCCGCCCGUCGGCGUUUGUCCCGGUUGGGGAGCACAGACUCAAGGGGCCAGAAAGCACCGAGGCACCGGAACUGCUGGCAUUGACCAGCCCCACCACCAAGGCCGCAGCUUUCCACGCCAAGUCUGCGUUCCAUGCACCCGGCUACCCCUGGAAAGCCGGCUCACCCUUCCUCCCUCCAGAGUUUCCACCUAAAAUCUCAUCGACAAAGGGGUUUGGGGCCCUUUCCCCUUACAUGCACCCCACGAUUCCGGAGUACCCACCUCACUUCUACACGGAGCACGGGCUGGCCACCAUCUACUCGCCCUACCUGCUGGCCGGGAGCUCGCCCGAGUGUGACACACCCCUGCUGUCACUCUAUGGCGCUCAAGACCAAAGACACUUCCUGCCUCCCCCGGGGCCAACCCCUAAGCACCUGAACCCACCUCUGUCCACAUACGACCACUACAGAUUUUUCCAGCAGUACCACUCCAACUUGCCGAUUCCUUACGGAUUUUACAGGCCAGAGUCUGCGUUCUCCUCCUACGGUCUCAGACUCCCACCCACCACGAGCAUCACGCAAGAUCAAAGCCCCCGCCCGCUGGAUGAGUCCCCCCCGGUCUACCCAGCCUCGGGUCCCUCCAAGCUAAACCCUCCGAACCCCCACAAAAAACACACAGAGUUUGAAAAAGAAAGUCCAAUCCCUGAGGCCAAAGACCCUCCCAAGGCUGGGCAGAAAGACACAGAGGGGGCCAAGAUGAGCCCCCGCGCAGGCAGCGCGGCCACGGGCUCCCCGGGGAGGCCAAGCCCCACCAACUUCACGCAGACGAGCCAGACAUGCGAGGGCCUGUGCGACCUCUCCAACAAGGCAGCCCCCAGCCCCCUGGGGAGACCCCCCCAACCUGAGCAAGGCCUCACAGCCUUCAAGUCGGUCAAGAAGAGUGUGGAAUGCCCACAUGUCGUCCAGGUGACCCCCAACAGAGUGGAGUCUCCAAAAAGCCUCGGCACCGUGGACGGAGACCCGCUGGCGCAGACAGGCAGCUCCUCACUCCUCGCCGAGGCCCCACCUUCCAGCCCAGAGGACAGCUCCAGGAUGGGCCCCCUCAACCUCUCCAAGAAGCCAGCGACGAAGCUGGUGGCCGCGCAGGCGCCUGUGUAUGCAGGCAGCUCCCCAGCGGAAACCGCAGGCUUCCCGGAGCUGCAGGACCUGCCUCUCAACCUCUCAGUGCGGGACCCCUGCAACGCCCAGCCUGCAAGGCCAGCCUUCCCUAGUCGGCUGCGAGGCGCAGAGCCGGCUGCAACUGCUGCUCAGGAGACUGAAACGGAGGGUUCCGGAGAUGGAAGCCACACCGAGACAGAGCAAGGCGACCAAGACGCUGACGCGGCCCCGUCAACCAGCCCCAGCAGGAAGGCCCCGGACGCACACAUGGUGGACAGCAGCGAGGAGCAGAAGCAGACGGCGGCCGUGGCCCUGUGCCAGCUGGCGGCCUACAGCCCAGGGAACGUCCGGGUGGGCGACGGGGAGCCCACGGCACAGGAGGCCACUUGCCCGCAAGACGCGCCCACCAUCAGUUCCACGGAAAGCCAGGAGGCUCCGUGUGACCUCAGACCCAAAGGACAAAAGAGGACAAGCCAAAGGGACGCAGGAAAAUCCCAGCACGGAGCUAAGAGAGCGAAGCCUAACGACACGGCGCGAGUGCUCACGCUGCGCAAAAGGACCCGGGUGUCCUAAGGCCGAGCGCACUCGCCCCAGCUGUGGCGCCCAGUCGAAGGGACUGCCUCCCCCUCCUGUCUGGUUGGUCUUUACAAACGCAGUUUCCUCAAAAUACAGAAACAAGUUGCAAUUCGGUCUUUGUAAAUAUUAAACACAAAUAUCAAAAGGUGCUUCUACUUUUGAUUGUACAAACAUCUGUGACACAUAUACUCCAAGACUGACAAAUUAAACUUUGGCUCUCAUUUUCAUAAAAUGUCAAACGAGAAAUGUGGAACUAGAAGACAUGUGAAACUCUGAGGUGUGAGCCAUCUUACGGGAGAUCUUUUACAAGUACUUUUCUUACAAAUAUUUUAGCACUAGAACAAAUUGUUUUAAUUGGUUUUCUAUUAGAUUUAGCUGUAUGUUUUGAAGUAAAUAACAAAUACUGAAAAAAAAUCAGGAAGAAACAUUCUCAGUACUAGCAUUAAAGAUGCUGUAUGUAAAAAAAUGUUGUGAUUUGUUAUGACUAAAUAACACACAAACAUCAAUAGGCUAUUUAUACAAAUAAUUUAUUUCCAUUAGGGAAAAUGUAUUACUGGUGAAGGAAUUCUCAAUUGUUCUAUUUGCUUAUGAUGUUACAGUGAAUUUUCGGGCUUAUUCAGUCUUGUUUUCCAUUCCCUAAAAUGAUGUGUAUGUUGCUAAUUUUCCAUCACUCAUGUGAACCUUAAAGAUACAUAAAAUGAAAACAAAAUAAACCCUGUGUUAUCCGUCAGGAGUAUUUUGCCACGAUACUCAAUGAAAGAGUUUACAGCUGAGGCAACAGAGUAGAUGUGUGCAUGUGUGAGUGUGUUUGAUCACGUGAAGGUGCAUGAGCACGUGUGGGAGUGUGUGUCUGUAUGUGCUCGUGUAGGUGUGUACGUGUGCUUGAGUGUGCAUAUGUAAGUACAUGUGUG